AUAUAUAUACAAAAAUAGUCGGCACCACGCUCGAAUAUGCGUUGUUUAUAAAAUAUAACAAUGAAGUAAUUAAAUUACGAUAUUACAAGUUUUUGAUGAUAUAAUAUACAGUAUAAUACAUUCAUCAUGUAUAUUAAAAGCAUGCACAAAAUAUUUGUGUCAGCUUUUAAAACAAGAACGCAUAAUAAGUACAUAUGCAAUCGGAGGUCACAUACAAUAACUCAAGACGGACCAUGGAAAGUAUUAUUUUUUGGCACAGAUAACUUUGCGGUGGAAAGUUUAAAAGCUUUACAUAAAAAAUGCGAAACAAAAGUUUUGCAGCGAUUGGAAGUUGUUACUACUACGAAUGUAAGACAAAAUGCUGUAUUGAAAUAUGCAAAAGAGAAUGAACUUAAUUUGUACAAAUGGCCAUUAGAAGAAAGUAUUUCUGAUUUUCAUAUUGGAGUAGUUGUUUCAUUCGGUCAUUUGAUUCCAUCUAAUAUUAUCAAUUCAUUUCCUUUAGGUAUGUUAAACGUACAUGGUAGUUUAUUACCAAAGUGGAGAGGAGCAGCACCAAUGACUUAUGCACUGAUGAAUGGAGAAUUACAAACAGGAGUUACAUUAAUGAAGAUAAUGCCAAAACAAUUUGAUAUAGGACCAAUAGUAGCGCAAAAGCAAGUAGAGAUUGGUGAAUAUGAAACCUUACCAGAAUUAUCUGCUAAAUUAAGUAAGUUUGGUGCAAAUCUUUUAGCAGAAACAUUUGAAAAUUUGCCAGAGUCACUACAAUCUGCAAAACCCCAAGAUGAUACAAAUGCAACAUAUGCACCAAAAAUAACAUCUGAAAUGUGUAUAAUUAAAUGGGAUGAAAUGUCAGCCAAACGUAUUUAUGAUUUAUACCGUGGUCUUUUUGGAGUAUAUCCUUUAAUGACGUUCUUACAAGAUACAAAAGUAAAAUUUUUAGAAAUUGAAUUAAUCGAACCUACCUCAAUUAGUGACCUGAUCGCAAGAUUUGAAGGAGAAAUGCCAGGAACUGUACUAUUCGAUAAGAAAAGUAAUAAAUUAAUAGUAAAGUGCAUAAAUGACAGUUUUAUUGCUGUAAAAAAAAUAUCUGUUGAAAAUGCGCGUUGUAAAAAUGCUUAUGAUUUUCGUAACGGUUUCCUGGCUGCUAAACGUAAAACGAAGGAAUGUUUUUCUUCAAUUAAUGCAAUUAAACAAUCCUAUAAUAUCUAAAAUCAUUAUUAAUAAAUAAUAUCGAUAUAUAUUUA